AAUGUCUUUUGGGGAAGAAAUGAAUUUAAAAGCAGGAGGCAGACUGUUGUCAUCGUCUCAACUGGAUACUUUUUUCUUACCUUUCAAAUUAACAAGUCAUUUACCUGCAGUUGCUGUCGAAGAAAAGAAAAAAGUUCUCUCGAAAGAUAUAGUAGAAUUGGUUUUGAUAAAAAGGGGUCCACAAUCUGAAAUUGAAGGAUAUAUUGAAGCCAAAGAUAAACUAUUGUUUAGGUUGGUGAAAUUGGGCCAUAGACGUUUUCGAAGUGAAGUAGUUUCAGGAGGAGCAUUAAUCAAAUUGAAGAAAGAUGAUUUUCUACAUUGA